AUGGGUUGUCAUUCAUGUAGAGUAUUUGGUACUAAUGGUGCCAUAUUUGCCUACGCCUCAUCUCUUCCAUCCCGGCAGCUGCGGAAUCUGACCGCCACAUACGGAGCCGCUUACACAGCCUACGCAAAGAACGCCUCAAGUGGUAACCUAACGGGAGUAAAUCCCGCCAGUCACCCAUCAUCAUAUGUGACAGCCCAAUCCGUCUCUCUUGGCGACGUAGGGUCCAUCGUCUUUGAACUCGAUGAGCUUGUCGCUGUAGUCACUAGAAUAGCGGAUAGAGUGCUCCUUGCCGCCGUUGGACCGUCCAAAUUGGAGCCCGAAGGAGAGACGGGCCCUUCAAAUGGUGCGCAGAAUGGCUCUUUAAACGCCAGUGCGGACGAGUUCCCCCUGCAUGAGCCUAGAACAGGCGCCAACGGUACCUCCACCAACCAAACUCCCACCAACGGAACCCCCAACAGUAUCAGCCGAACUCACAGCGAGGCCAACAUGCAAUCAGAUGCGCAACUUGAAACGCAGUACGAAAUCGACCGAAGCAACGACCUCGCGCGAUUGGCGAGCCUGAACCUUUCAUCGUCGCCGUCCAUUUUGCUCGCUCUAGAAUCAAAAUCUGCAGCGUUGGGCAAAUUUCUCAGUCAGAAAUUGGAGGAUCUUGAGAGUCCCGAGGACUUCUAG